CCCCUCGCAACCUUCUCGCCCGCACGUUGUUUACUCUCCUCCGCUGGAUCCAGCCAACCCCAAAUGAUCCCAAGAGAUCGCCCCUCGACGCUAGCUGUUGUCCCGGUCAUCAAAGUGGAGUCUUGAUCCUUGAAGGUUGCCGUUGGCAGCAGGUCGCUUCUUCUCAUAUCAUCCCCCCCGUCUGCCCGGCUUUCUUCUUCUCGUUCAAGAUUCUCUUCACCUUCGGAUCUCGCAUUGCAUUUGUUUCUGGCUUCCAUUCUUGCUUAAUUUGAUUUGAUUUUUCCCUUUACUUUUCUUCUAUAUUUUGAGCCGUUGCCGGCUCGCUGGCGAUCGUGUUUUUGUUUCUUGCCGCGUUUGUUUGCAAUCAACGAAUCCCGUAAUUGCUGGCCAAAGAGGAUAAGCAAUGGCCCCCAAUACCGCCGCUCCGCAGAUCUUUGACGAUGCCCACCGCGCCCCCGGCAGAUCCUCUGUCUUCCGAGCCAUCAUGUCGAAGCCGCAUAAGCGAAACCAGUCUGCGGACGAUGCCAUGCCCCCGCAGUUCAAGAACAGCAAGCCAACGGGCACCGUUCCUUUCCCAUGGGCAGACAAACCUGCUCCGGAACCCGGCCAUCUUCCCUUGGGAGAGAUAGUUCCGAAUCGCGAUGCCCGUGACAGCCAUGUGUCACCGGCGAAGCCAGCGAAUAAAGAGAAUAAAGCGCCUUUGCAUAAGAAGACGAAGAGUGCAGUAUCUCUCAAGUCCCUUCGGAGUUACAUGGAACGAAAGGACACCAAGCUGGAAGAACCCCAUAUCAACGAUGCCGACGAGUUGAAGCCUAAGAAGACCAAGUCGACCAACAGUUUGUCGGCCAUCCUCAAGCGAUCCCAACGUGGACGUAGAGCCGAUGGUGCGAAGCAGACCCGCGACAAAGAGAACCGGAGCCCCGUUGAUCUUGUCGACAACAUGCCAUCCCCCGUCUGGCCCCAAGAGGGCUCUAUCUACCAAGCUCCCAGCAUUCGGUCGCGACAGAACUCAUCUGCAGAUCGACGUCGAAGCGUCGCAGAAGAAGUGUCUCUGUAUACGCCAAAGGCAUAUAGCCCAGCCCAGCAACGAAACUUUUACGACUACCAACAACCGUCUCUGACCAGACAGGGAGAGGGAAAGCCUCGUCCCAAGUCGGACUGCCUUGCUGGCAACAGAAAAAUGAAGGACAUUUUGGGCCUACAUCGUGCACUAUCCGGAGGCAGUAAUGCUAGUGCAGUGGAUAGCGUGUCAUCCAAGGCGCAAGGUCUCGACAGAGUGAGGAAGACGUCCGUACCCGAAUCGCCUGCCCCCCCGCCAAAGGACCAAUCGAAUGGGAAGAGACUUUCUCGUGUGCAGGCAGCGAUCUCGGUGUUCAACGCAAAGGAACGAGAUGCUGAUGUCCACAAGCACUUGAGCUCCAAGGAUCUUGAAAGUGAAUUUGAGAAGCUUCUGGAUGCCCGAAACAUUCCUCAUAACAUGCGGGACAAGAUGCGCUCCCUUGACACCAACAUCAAGGCCGACUUCAUUCAGAAGGAUCGCACUGAGAUGGGCACACCAGUCAGCUCUGGUACCUCUGACAGUCGCCGUGGCCGCGGCAAGGAGUCGAAGGAUUCUCAGGAUCGUAAGGGCUCACGCUCCCGCUCCAGGAGCCGCGGUUUCACCUUUGGCCGGGGCUCUUCCUCCCCCGGUAAAAAAGCUCGACCAGAGAGCGGGAGUUUCCAUCGUCCCAGGUCUGUGGAUCUGUCCCAGCCAGUAGGUGUCUAUACGACUCUGAGUGCUGCGGGCUCUACUGCAUCACUUUCUGAAGCGGCGGUCGUUGACACCGCUGCUGACCCAUCCGACUUUGUGCACUAUCUGAGAGAGAUUCAAAAGCCAGAGAUGGUUGAGGUAGGCAAGUUGCACAAGCUACGGCUCCUUCUGCGGAAUGAAACAGUCAGCUGGGUGAACGGGUUCAUUUCUGAGGGAGGCAUGGAUGAGAUUGUCCAACUCAUCUACCGUAUAAUGAAGAUGGAGUGGCGGGAGGACCAUGAGGACACUCUUCUUCACGAGGCUUUGCUAUGCUUGAAGGCUCUUUGCACUACAUCAAUUGCAUUGGCGCAUCUCGCUAGCAUUGAAGGUGAACUCUUCCCAGCCUUGCUAAAGAUGCUUUUCAACGAGGAAAAGAAGGGCCCGAGCGAAUUCACGACUCGGGGCAUAAUAAUCAACCUUUUAUUUACCCAGCUCUCUGCGACUUACCCCACUGAGUCGAAGUCCGAGCGCACCGAGCGUAUUCUGUCAUAUCUCCGAGAUCCGUCCCCGGAAGACGAGAGUCAACCUGUCUCGUUCAUUGCCAACAUUUACCAGUCGCGACCGUAUCGCGUGUGGUGCAAGGAGGUUACAAAUGUGACCAAGGAAGUCUUCUGGAUCUUCCUUCAUCACCUCAAUGUGAUCCCGCUUCCCAAAGCAGACCCCCAGUCGGACGAUCCAUUCGUAGAGAAUCACUCGGUUGAUACUCGCUCCUACUGCGAGCGACACUUCCCUCCACCUCGCCCCCCGGUCCCUGCUGCUCCCUAUGUUGGCGGCGUUGAGUGGGAUGCAACCAACUAUCUUGCCGCGCAUUUGGAUCUUUUGAAUGGUCUGAUUGCCUCCUUGCCCACAGCUGAUGAUCGGAACAAGCUUCGGUCUGAGCUGCGGGCUUCCGGCUUUGAGAAGGUCAUGGGUGGUAGUCUACGUACCUGCAAGGAGAAAUUCUACUCCGCCGUUCAUGAAUGUCUUCGCACCUGGGUUGCUGCAGCAGUUGAGGAUGGCUGGCCCUAUCUCAUGGUGCGCGAAGGACCGCCUCGUGCGGAGCCUGGCUCGCCUACCAAGUCCCCCAAGAAGGCGGCGCCCGGUAGUCCAAAGAAGGGUCUACUGGAUGACAAGCCACCUCAGCUCAACUUGGCCCUGGACUUCUCAGACAGUCGCGUAUUUACUCCACUGGGCCCAACAACGCCAUCCAGCGAGAUGCCUCGCUGGCUUUAAUCGUCAAGCAUUUGGAUACAACAUCCGCUUGACAAUUUUUCUUCUUUUCUUUUCUUAUAUUUUUUUUUUUUACAAUUUUCCUACCGGCCCACUCUGACUUUACUUUCAUGACUCGGCGUUCUACGGUCCUUGGUUUUCUUUGUCUUUGUAGGGGUCACACCAGCAUGCCAAGGGAGCAUGUUGGGGUUAUACCUUACAUUUUUGGAAGCUCCCCCCCCCUCUGUCUCCUUUGGCUUUUUUGGACUUCCUAUGGCGUUGGCAUUUCUGGAGUCGUUGGGAGUUGCAUAUUUUCGAUGUCCAGCGAAUUUCCUGGCAAACAUGAUGUGAUGAAGUCAAGCUAUGGUGCAGGCGGCGGGAAGAGGAUGGCAACGACAGAUAGGUAUUGGUCCAGUGGAUGGAUGCAUAGGGACAUCUUUUCUUCUAUAUGAGAAUUGAAUGAAAUUCCACUUACGAGAUUUGAGAUGCUUGUCGAAGUAGCUAUUAGUAAGAGUGGAAAUUGGCUAAAAUAGGAGAGAGAUGGAUGAAAGAGGUGUCUCAUUUUCAACGAAUAUUUAUGCCAAAUGAGUAUUGUACAGUCCCACAGGAUCUACCAAUUACAGUGGAUAUCAGAUAUUUUCACGAGCGGACUACUUUUGAGCUCCACUCCCACCAUUCUCGUCUGCCCUCUUCACGGGACCUGGAGGCGGGGGACUGGAGAACACAGCCU